GCGCUUACAGCUCAAACCUUCCUCUGCAGUGAGAGUGGUGUCUGCGUGCUGCACUUUUGCCAGCUCACAACACAAAGACUGAACUUCUUAAGGAGUUUCUUGCUCUCACACUCGGUGAUAACUCAAUUUGCCAGCCUCCACACUGCCGGAGUAACGCGAGUAAUCUCUUAGUUUGAAUCUACGCAGACUUAAAACUCCAAAGCAACCAUGUUUGAGGCUCGCCUGGUGCAGGGAUCCAUCCUGAAGAAGGUGCUGGAGGCUCUGAAGGACCUGAUCACAGAGGCCUGCUGGGAUGUCAGCUCGUCCGGCAUCUCCCUGCAGAGCAUGGAUUCCUCUCACGUCUCGCUGGUGCAGCUCACCCUGCGGCACGACGGCUUUGACUCGUACCGCUGCGACAGAAACCUCGCCAUGGGAGUCAACCUCAGCAGUAUGUCAAAAAUCCUGAAGUGCGCAGGAAACGAAGACAUCAUCACCCUCAGAGCAGAAGACAAUGCAGACACACUCGCACUCGUGUUUGAGACAAUCAACCAGGAGAAGGUCUCAGAUUAUGAGAUGAAGUUGAUGGAUCUGGAUGUGGAGCAGCUUGGUAUUCCAGAGCAGGAGUACAGCUGUGUGGUGAAGAUGCCCUCCGGGGAGUUUGCCCGUAUCUGCCGUGACUUGUCCCAGAUUGGUGACGCCGUCAUGAUCUCCUGCGCCAAGGACGGAGUCAAGUUCUCCGCCUCUGGAGAGCUGGGCACUGGAAACGUCAAACUGUCCCAGACCAGCAACGUAGACAAAGAGGACGAGGCCGUCACCAUUGAGAUGAAUGAACCCGUCCAGUUGAUCUUUGCCCUCAACUACCUGAACUUCUUCACCAAGGCAACGCCUCUGUCCAAGACCGUCACCCUCAGCAUGUCCGCUGAUAUCCCCCUCGUGGUGGAGUACAAGAUUGCUGAUAUGGGACACGUCAAAUACUACUUGGCACCCAAGAUCGAUGAAGAAGCUUCCUAAGUUGUUCAAUACCGGCCAAAAAGGGAUAAUAGAGGAACGCAGGCGACUGGGACUUGUUCUGAGUGAUCUAAGGGCUGAAGUGAUCACAUGGUGGUCGAUGAUCUCUCUGAGGUCUAUGAGAUUCACAGCAGUGUAGCUGUCGGCUGCAUGAAUGAUGCUUCAGUGCUUUGACUCUGUUCAAAGCAGCUGGCUGUGAUACAGACAGACCUGAUGUAUAUUCCAACACUUCACUUCAACUUUUGUGUGUCUCUUUUUGCCCAGUUUGGAAAAGCAGAUUUCAACUAUCCCAUUCCUUCUUGUAGAUAAUGCAUUUGUAAAUACUUCCUGUGGUUUCGUCAGUCAACCCCAAAUGUUUUUUGUAUUCAUUGACUCAAUCCAAAAUAAAUAAAAUGAUUCAAAUUGUU